AUGACGUGCACUACGUGGAUUGCCUCCUGUGACACGGACAAUUUCGGGCAGUUGACUUCUCCUGACGCCUAUCUUGGCAGCGACAGCUUGUGUUGGAAAAUGGUUCGUACCAAACAAGCACCAUCGUCAUCUUCGAGGCCACCUACGGCUGUAAAAAGGCAAAUUAUACCCCUGAGUAGAAGACUCGAAACAAAGAGAAAGCUUCUCAACUCGCCAACAAAGGGGAAAAUUGUUGCUGUUGUCAAGAAAAGGUCAAAACCGGGCGUGAAAGCACUCCGUGACAUCAGACAUCUGCAGCGUACGACAGAGCUUCUCAUUCCCAGAAUUUCCUUCCAAAGAGUGGUUCGCGAAAUUGCCGACAAGAUAUGUAAGAAACGUCAAAUAGACGAGUGCAGAUGGCAGUCGAAUGCAUUGCUAGCGCUACAGGAAGCUGCGGAGGUCUAUCUCACAUGCAUGUUUGAAGACACGAAUCUGGCGGCCAUUCAUGCUCGAAGAGUCACUAUCAUGCCUAGAGAUAUUCAGCUUGUCCGAAGACUGCGAGGCGAGCAUAUAACUAUGAGAUAAUCACUUGAAGGAUUUUUUUGUAUCUAAUGUUCAUUUCUGUGUUGUACUUCUAAAUUUUUAUUCUGUGUUUGUUUUACUUUCCGCCUAUCUUUAUGUAUCUCUGCAAUAUUGAGUUGUUUGAGUACAUCGAGAUCACUUGUACAGUUGUUCUGGACUUCCAUCACGCCAGCAUGCUUUGUAAAUUCACGUUCUUUUAUGCGUUAUCCAUUAUUCACUUUUAUUCAUCGUGUUCGACUAAUCUCAUAAAAUGCAAGACGUAUCUCAACUAGUUUUUUGACGUCUUUCCGCAAAUACUCGAAGUAAAUAUCAU